GAAAAAGACAUAAUAGAAGAAAAAAAGUUUAAUAACAAAUUAGCUUUUAUUAAAUUAAAAAACAUUAUCACAAGUUUUAUUAUUGCAUCAAUAUUGUUUUUAAAAAGAUUCCCGAAAGAAAUGGCAAGAAUGCUAAUUGAAAACUCUUUAUUAUCUCUGUGGAUGUUUGUUAAUCUAAUUUCAUUGUUAAUGAAUCAGAGUUUAGAAGAGAAUUAUAAUUUUAAUUUUUAUAACUCUUUAAUUGGAUUUCAAUUAAUUGUUUGCUUUUUUAUAUCCAAUUUGUAUAUUUAUUUAAAAAACAAAUACAACAUUAAUGGCAUUAAUGAUAUCAUAUCAAUGGAGAUGAUAGAGAAUACAUUAGAGCUUCCCAAUCCAUCAGCAUUUAUAAAAACCCCAGGAACUUUAGAAAUGAUUAAAAUAAUAUUACCACUCUCCUUUAUAUUCGUGACCAAUUGUAUUAUAACCAGUAAAGUCAAUGAAAGUAUUGUAGAAUUUUCAAAAACAGUUGUACCAUUAACUGUAGUAGGUUUACAAUAUAUUAUCACAAAAAAAAGAUAUGCAAAAACAUUUUAUUACUCAAUGGUUGUUUUGGUUUUGGGAACUGGUAUUUUCCUUUUGGACGAGUCCAUCGAAGAGCUUGCAAAUUUCAAACAAAUCAUGCUUUCAGUUUUAAUAAUAUCCUUUAUUUCAUUAACUUUAAUCUAUUCACACACAAUAUUCUCUACAAAACUAUCUUUAAUCAAUCCCAUCAAUAUUAUCAGCUUCUUUUCCCCAUGCUCAUUCUUAAUGCUCCUUCCUUUCAUUAUCAGCGAAUCAUCCCAAGUACUUAAAUAUUUUAUUAAAUUAAAUGAUGAAAACCCAUUAAAUUUAAUAUAUAAUUUACUUUUAUGUUUAACUAUAUCUGGUGUUUUAUCUUAUUUUACAUUUUAUAUAACAUUUAUUGCAAAUAAAAAAUACAACAUCUUGGUUAUGUCUAUUUCAAGAAAUUCAAAGUCAAUAUUAUUAAAAUUAUUCUCUAGUCAGAUAGUAUUUCAAAAUGAAACUAUAUCCCCUGGUAAUUGGUUUGGUUUCAUUAUAAGCUCGAUUGGUGUUUUUAUGUCAUACCAAGAUUCAUUAAAAGAACCCAGCAACACUAAUCAUGAUGAAUCUAUAGAUAUAGAA